GAGACAAUUCUCAAUUUCUCCGUUCAUGAGAAAUAUUUAAAUUCAAAUGGAUUCAGAGUAUAAAACAGACAAAAACAAGAAACCACGUUAGAAAUCUUGAUAAGAGAGGAAACACCGACAGAGAACAAAUCUGACCGAAGUCGGCUGCUCCAUCAGCCUCCACAUCAAUAUUGUGUUUGCUGUCGACACAACAUCCCCACUUUAUUCUACAUUGAUGACCGACACACGGUUGUUUUAACUUUUAAUCUCUGAACAAAUACGUGUCACAGCUGGAAAACGUCUUUGGACGGAGCUCUGAUGAAUGUGGAACACUUUUAAGAGACAAAAGAGUGGAAAAAGUCGACGAGCAGCGCCGAGCUCCGCGGUGAGUCGGUGAGGUUUGGAGGCCCCACGAUAAAAAUAAAAGCACCACCAGAGCUCAGCCUGAGCUGAACAUAAAGGAAAGCCAUUCCGCUAUGUGCCCCUUCAGUUUCAGCCCUCAUAUCUGCUCCAAAAGUCGUUUAUUCCACUUGAAUGUGUCCAGAGAAAACACAAGCAGCGACAUUCUGCCCGUACACAGGAGAGAGCCGGGCUGGGCUGAGUCUCUACGGUUCUCAUGGUGUGUUUAAGUGCCGCCUCCUGCUCCGAGUUUUUCAUCACUGCAGUCUGACUCUGGUUGACUAGCGACAAACGACAGGAAGGAAAAUGGCAGAAGUAGCUCCAGCUCCGGCUCCCGCUCCAGCUCCGGCUAAAGCCGUCAAGAAGAAGGCGUCCAAACCGAAAAAGGUGGGCCCCACCGUCAGCGAGCUGAUCGUUAAAUCUGUGGCCGCUUCCAAGGAGCGGAGCGGCGUCUCUGCAGCCGCCCUCAAGAAGGCUCUGGCUGCCGGCGGCUACGACGUGGAUAAGAACAAGGCCCGCGUCAAGACCGCCAUCAAGAGCCUGGUGACCAAGGGGACUUUGGUUCAGACCAAGGGAACCGGGGCCUCCGGAUCCUUCAAGAUCAACAAGAAGGCUGAAAGCAAGGCCAAGAAGCCCGUCAAGAAAGCUGCCACUAAAGCCAAGAAGCCCGCAGCGGCCGCUAAAAAGUCUCCCAAGAAAGCCAAGAAGCCCGCAGCAGCUGCUAAGAAAUCUCCCAAGAAAGUCAAGAAACCAGCAGCGGUAAAGAAAGCAGCCAAGAGCCCCAAGAAGGCCACAAAGAGUCCUAAGAAGGCUGCCAAGAGCCCCAAGAAGGUGGUCAAGAAGGCCCCUGCAGCCAAGAAGGCCCCCGCUAAGAAGGUAGCCAAGCCUAAAGUCAAGAAGGCAGCACCCAAGAAGAAGUGAGCUCCUGAAACAUCACGACUCCUCAAAGGCUCUUUUCAGAGCCACCCACAACAAUCUUAAGAGAAAUCAUUCCUCACAUCAACAAUAUCACUUCUAUAUUUAUUUAAAGGAAAGUGUAGAAUCAACUUUGUUUCUAAUCGACCUUAUUGCAAUUCAUUGUAUCCUGUAAGGAUAUUAUUUUAAUGUCAAAAAUAACCGCUAAAACUGAAAGGAAAAGUUUCCGUUGGAACUCAUUUCUCUCGUCAGCAAAAGGAAAAACAAACAACUACAACAAACAAACUGACUACAGCUUGUCUCAUAAAUCAUUCCUCAAUCAUGAUU